AUGUCCCGAUACCUAACGCCCGCCAAAAUCGGCAUCCUCGCCCUCAUCGAGCUUUACACGGACGGACACGUCCCCACCACGGCCAUCAUCCCCGUGCUCUCCUUUGUCACAUCCCACCUGCUAGACCCGGAUCCGCAAAGUUUUAUCACCGCCGCCCGCAAGGAUACGCGAUGGCGCAAGGCCGAGACUGCCGUCAGCCUCGUCAUAGGCAUCAAGGAUUUCGAGAAGUUGCUAAGCGCCCACUCCGUCGUCGUCGGCCUGCCAGGCCGCAAGCUAUGGGACACCUUUCUCGCGAAGCUAUGGGGCAUCAACUCGCUUGAUCAACUUCACGACUUCUUCGGCCGCCAGACGGAGUGCCUCGCCAAGACCAAGGAGGAGCUGCGGCGUGCCGCCGAGGGCGACGAGGCAGUCGCGGCACAGUUGUGGCAGGAGCAGCAGCAGAGACCGGGUAUCACGCUUUCGAGGAACUCGCCGCUGGGUCAGUUUGUGAGGCGGUGCCAGCUCGAGUUCUCGCGGUUACAGUUCCACGAGUCGACUCAGCUCUGGACGGACUUCGUGCAGUACCGGCAGCCCACGGCGGGUUACCUGCGGAAGAGAAAUCCUUCGUUCGGUCGGCUGAGCUUCGACCAUGUGCUCAUGGCGGGCGAGCAGGCGGAAUGGGACUUGGAUGGCGUGGCUGCGCUCACGUCUGUUGUGUACGGAGACAUGGUGAAGAGUGGCACUCCAUCCACUGUGCCUGUGAGCACGGAUGAUAUCGAGCUCUUGCUCGAGUUCCAAAUCGAGCAGAUGCAAAAAUUCGGCAAUCGGAUACCUUUGGAGCUCCGAAAUCAGUUUCACGACCUUCUCGGCGACAGCUUUCUCGUGCCCAGCUUGAGGCACUACCUGAGUUUUCUUGACGCCUGGAGAUCCGGUGACUAUCCCACCGCAUUCGACUUCCUUCAUCAAUACUUCGAUUAUACUAUGCAGAGUCGAGACAGGCUCUUCUACCAGUACGCGUUGAUGAAUCUGGCUGUCCUGCAGGCGGAUUUUGGCUGUUACAGGGACGCCGUUGCGGCCAUGCUCGAAACCGUCUCUACGGCUCGCGAGAAUCGCGACAUGACCUGUCUGAACUUUGCCCUCAGCUGGCUCUUCCACUUUGGCAGAGCACAUCCGGACCUGGUCAGAGACUUAGAGGCUGACAGCCUGCUCGGUACAGCCAAGGAGAGUCUGUCAUAUCUCCGCGUAAAAGCGAAGGAGACGGGUAUGUGGACACUUUGGGCGUCAGUGUUGCUCAGCGAGGCGAAGCUUGGCCUGGCAAACGGCGAGAGCGUCGCCACCUCGGUUGAGCUCAUGGUUCGCAGCUCGCAUCUCAUUGUCGAACGGAACAUGAAGAACAUGUUUGGCGCCCAGCUCUCCAUCCUCAUUGCCUUGUGGGACAGACUGGGGCUCGCACAGCUCUCGGCCAUGGACUGCGAGAUAUUCUUGCGGUGUCACGCGAGACACUCCAUUUUCGACGAUGAGCUGAAGGUCACGUCACGCCUGGCAUCACAGCUGGUUGCACGAGGUAAAUUCGACGAGGCGCUGCAGAAAAUGGAGGCGCUAGACGAGAACUCGCUCCGGUCGUGGAAGCCGAGCCAAUACUGGUUCAAGUAUCGCGGCAUCAUCAAGCUGAAGCGGGACCUGCAUCACAACAACCUCGACGGCGCGGAGCAGCUCCUCUCGCAGCUUCUGCAGUCCAAAAAGGACGACCUGGAGCCGGACAUGUCCUUCGUCGUCGACUUCCUCCAUAUAGACUGUCUCGUCCGACGAGGAGAUCUGCAAGCGGCCUUCAACAAGGUCGAAGACAUGCUCGCGGCGACGCACGAUGAUAGGAGAGACAUUGCGCUCCGCGUAAGACUCAUGUUGAUCAAGGUCCAUCUGUACGACAAGUGCGGACGAACACAGCGGGGGUUCACGAUCGCCAUGCGCGCGGCCAGCAUGGCUUGGCGGGCGAGGCUGGUAUCUUGUCUGUGGCAGGCCGUUGGCGCCAUUGCCAAUAUCCUGACGUCGUUGGGGGAGUUCGAGGCCUCGUCGCAGCUCCUCACAGCCGUCCUGCCGCGAAGCCUCGAGUGCGAUUCGGCGGCGUUGAGUGGGCAGCUGUACUCGUACCUCGCCGACGCCAACAUGGGCAUGGCAGGCAAGAUGGAACCGCAAUCAGCCAAGAGGAGGGAGUACCUGACCCGGGCCACGGGGGCGAUCCAGAAGGCGUUCGACCACUAUUCGAGCAUCGAGGACGUCACGCGGCAGUGCGAGAUGAUGGCCAAGAAGGCUACCAUCAUGAAGGCCGCCGGAGACAAGGUUCUCGCGGCGGAUUAUGCGGCAGCUUAUGUGGCUUUGCGGAAGGAUGCGGCAGCUCUUUCGAUAUGA